CUCCACGUCUGCGGCGACACGCACGGCCAGUACAGCGACCUGCUCAAGCUCCUGGCCAUGGGCGGCUUCCCGCCGGCGUCCAACUACCUCUUCCUCGGGGACUACGUCGACCGCGCGCGCCAGUCCGUGGAGACGAUCGGCCUGCUGCUGUGCCUGCUGCUCGCGUACAAGGUCCGGCGCCCGGCGAGCUUCUUCCUGCUCCGGGGCAACCACGAGUGCGCGUCCCUGAACCGCAUCUACGGCUUCUUCGACGAGUGCAAGCGGCGCUACUCCGUCAAGCUCUGGCGCGUCUUCGGCGACUGCUUCAACUGCAUGCCCGUCGCGGCGGUCGUCGGCGACCGGAUUCUGUGCAUGCACGGCGGCCUGAGCCCCGAGCUCGAGUCGCUGGACCAGAUCCGGGCGCUGGCGCGGCCCACGGAGGUGCCCGAGGACGGGCUGCUCUGCGACCUGCUCUGGUCCGACCCGGAGCCGCGCGUCACGGGCUGGGGCUACAACGGCCGCGGCGUGUCCUACACGUUCGGGCCCGACGUCGUCGACGAGUUCCUCGAGCGCCAGGGCCUCGAGCUGAUCUGCCGCGCGCACCAGGUCGUCGAGGACGGCUACGAGUUCGCCUGCGGCCGCAAGCUCGUGACCAUCUUCUCCGCGCCCAACUACUGCGGCGAGUUCGACAACGCGGGCGGCAUGCUCGUCGUCGGCGCGGACCUCCGCUGCUCCUUCAAGAUCCUCCGCCCCGUG